CUUUCUAUGUAAACUCAACAUGUCGGCUGUCCCACCAGAGAAGUAAAAUGUAGUGCAUAAUCAAGGAGUUUCGUAAAUCGUGAAUAAAACUUUCAAUGACUUAUAAACAACGAAGUCAUUUCUGUGUGAUUUUUCUGAGUGAUUUGUUUCCCGAAAAGAUAGCGAGUCAUUUAAUAAUUGUGUUUCGUUAUGUACUGUCAAAUAUGCCAAGGUCUAUUUUGAGUUUGCAUUGAACUAAAAUACUUUCAGGACAAGGAAAAAAAUUGGACAGAAAUAGUUUGGAGGCUUUUCUGUUUACUUUACUUAUUAAGGGAAUUGUAGCACCUGUGUUGAUUACCAAGUGUCAAAAUUGCGAAACGUAUUUGUGUGGACUGGUGGUGCAAACGAAUGACGUAUGCUCUUGGCGUGGUAGAACGGCAGGAACUUGUAUUUCAAUAGCUAUUAAUUAUCAUAAAUGUUGCCUAACCAUGCUAGGAAACUCAAUACGUAUAACAGCCCAUAUAACAGUAUCGUGCGUGCUAUUGUGUAGUUUAAUUUUAUGUAGUGCAAAGACAGAUAUUGGAAAUGCACAUGAAUCAUUCAGCAGACUUCCCCGGUCUGAACCAGCAACAGACGUCAAAUUGCAUGAAGAAAAACAGAAGUCAUCUGUAUCUGUCAGACCACCAGCACAAGACAAGAAAGAUAAAGAUGUCACUCCGUCUACGAACGUUUCACAUGCCAACAACGUGACAGUAACUGAACAAUCUGCUGGUGAACAGACUGGUGGCAGGCCACAACGUAACUUGAAUUCCGGAGCUCUUUUACGAGGGUUUUCAGUUUUUGUUGGUCUCAGCGCCAUUGUCGUGAUAUAUAUUGUAAUAAGGGCGAUAAGUAUGAGAAGAAAGAAAACUACAGUCAGAAAAUAUGGGAUUCUGACAAACAGAGAAGAUGUGGAAAUGACCCCUCUAGGAGCAGAAGAUGAUGAAGAGGACACAACUCUAUUUGAUGUUAGUAACCAAACGAGGCCAUAAUGAUACACAUGAGUUGUGACGGGUUUUCUCAGUAAAUUUACAUAAACAUCUGUGAGACUGGAGUGCUAACUUGCUGCCACUUCUUCGUGUUAAGAGGUUUUGUGCAUUUCUUAAAGUGACUGCGGCUGUUUCGUCAGUGUUAUGGAUGACUGUUAUGAAAUGCACGUUGACCAGGCUACUUACAAAGAGAGAACUAUUUUAGUGUGUGUUGUUCUGCAACUCUUUUCCUGUCAUGCAGUAUUUGUUUACCUGUCUGCAUUAAUGGUUUACCUUAAAUAUCUCUGAGAAAAAUAGUACUCUCAGAUAAUGAAAAAAGAAAAAAAGAAGGGGGAAAAGCUUUUUGUUGAAAAUGACAAUUGUGUAAGUGUGGAGAGAAAGGAUAACAUGACUGGUAAAAUCUGUAUUUCAAAAUGGUGGACAACAUACUUAAUUCUGCCUUUGACAAAGUAACAUUAACUAACAUUUACAAUAUUUAGACUGAAUAAUCAUUUAUUUACUUUUUAUCCAUUUGAACUGAUAAAUUGGCCUAAUGCUUCUGAAAUAGAGGAAAUGCUGUGAAAUUUUUGAUCUGUCCCAUGUUCAAAAUAUGGAGAUGUGGAAGUUGCUUCAGUCAGACAACUGGCAAAAUUUUAAAUACAUAUUUUUUUAUUGGCAAAAAAAAAAAAAAAAUUCCAAGCAAUCAUUACUUUUGUUG